CUAUAGAAGGACACAGACACUCCUCGCACUGACUGCACAGAGCUCACCCUCCCAGCACUGCAGGAAGAACAAGAGGACAGGACGGACUGGACGCAGAUAAUCUACAAUAAUGCCGCCAUUUCCUCCAUGUUGUGGCCUUAUCAUCGUGGCUUCCCGCCAGCCAGUCCCUCUGCAGGGGAUCUCGGUGGACGUCCAGGUGAAAGGCUUUGUGGCGGAUGUAUCGGCCACUCUCAAGUAUAAGAACAAGGAGGAGAAGGCGGUGGAAGCGGUCUUUGUCUUCCCCAUGGAUGAAGACUCCGCCGUCUACAGCUUUGAGGCCACAACAGAGGGGAAGACGAUUGUAGCCGACCUGCAGGAGAAGGAGCAGGCUCACAAAACCUAUGAUGAGGCCAUCAGCCGGGGCGAGCAAGCCUUCCUCCUGGAGGAAGAUGAGAGCUCGGCAGACAUCUUUAGCUGCAGUGUUGGGAAUCUCCCUCCCGGCCAGGAAGCUGAGAUCACCCUGAAAUACGUCCGGGAGUUGCCAUUGGAGGCGGACGGAGCUGUGCGUUUUGUGCUGCCGGACGUCCUCAACCCGAGAUACACCCCAAAAGAUCAGGAUGUGAGCAUAACAGCCACACGUCCGCAGGUGCCGGUUGGUGGGAUCCCGUACACGCUGAGUCUGAUUGCUCACUUCCAAUCUGUGUACGGCAUCGCCAAGAUCGAGUCCAACUGUAUCAUCACCCCUGUGGAGUAUACAGAUAGUGACAAGACCGGCGCCAAGGUGUCACUGGCAGAGGGGCACAAGUUUGAGCGAGAUGUGGAGUUACUGGCUUAUUAUACAGAUGUGAACAAACCCAGCGUCACUGUGGAGGCGGGGCUUGGAUCUACAGACGCAGCCCAAGAAACAGGACCGACGCCAUCAGGGUCCAUUAUGGCGGAGUCAGUGGCCAUGUUAAAUUUCUAUCCGAGUUUCCCAUCUGGACAGGAGCAGACCAAUUGUGGAUAAUUUAUUUUCCUUGUGGACCGGCCUGUGUCUGGCAGUAUGGAGUGUUCAAUGAAUUCUGAGCCCAACGCCCCGCAGAGGAUUCAGAGUGCCAAGGAGACGCUGGUUCUUCUAUUGAAGAGUUUACCUCUCGGGUGUUACUUCAAUAUCUAUGGCUUUGGCUCCCAUUUUGAGGCUUUCUUCCCGGAGAGUGUGGAGUACACACAGCAGUCCAUGGAGGAGUCAGUGAAGAAGGUGAAUGAGAUGGAUGCCAACUUUGGAGGAACAGAAAUUCUCCAACCUCUAAAGAAGAUCUACCAAACAGCCGGGAGAGCCGAGCACCCCCGACAGCUUUUUGUCUUCACAGAUGGAGAAGUCGGGAACACAAAGCAAGUGAUCGAUGAAGUUCAGAAAAAUGCUCAGAAACACCGGUGUUUUACAUUUGGGAUCGGUGAAGGAGCUUCCACAUCCCUCAUUAAAGGCAUGGCCCGGGCAGGGAAUGGAACCUUCGAGUUUAUCACCGGCAAAGACCGCAUGCAGCCCAAGGUUCUUCGGGCGCUCAAGUGGUCCCUACAGCCCACCGUGAAGGACGUCUCCCUUACAUGGACCCUUCCUUCUGGUGUGGAGGCCAUCGUCCUGUCCAAAGUCCCCACUACCAUCUUCCAGGGACAAAGGUCCAUUGUCUACGCUCAGCUAAAGGGAAAGGUGGAGAAUGAAGCUGAAGGUGAGGUCUCUCUGCAGUACAAGUUUAAAGAUGAAGUUGUAAAGAACGACAUUCGUUUCCCGCUGAACGUGCAGAGUGCAGAAAGGCCCACCAUCCACAGACUGGCAGCCAAAGCUCUGAUCUCUGAGCUGGAACAUGGAACAGAGUCACAGUCUGAAGAGGUGAAGAAGAAGAUCCUGGAGACCAGCCUGCAGUCUGGUGUUGUCUCCUCUCUCACAGCCUAUGUAGCCGUCAACAAGGACACCAAGACACGUGUGGAGGGUUUUCCUGUGCGUAUGGAAGUCCCAGCUCCAGCAUUCAUGAUGAUGAACUCACGAUCCCAUACGCCUAGAAUGAUGGCUUGUAGUGCUGCUCCCAUGGCAAGCUCCUUGGGAAGAGUGACUUUACGUUCUUCUCCUAUGUUAGGACACAAGGAAAUUAUGUCCAAAUCUACAUUGUGUGAUGAUAAUGAGGAGUUUUGUGGCAACAUGUCCAUGAAUUUGGCAUGUGGCUCACUAUCGCCAUCACCCCCCACUCCCUCAGUGGGGACCCUGGCUCUCGUGAGGCUGAUCUCCCUGGAGAACGCGGAUGGAUCCUGGAACCUGACUCCCGAAUUCUCUGCUGUCCUGGGAAUAUAUGAGACCAACAUAAAGGCCAGGAACCCCAACCAGAACGUGGAGGUGUCGGUGUGGGUGACGGUUCUGGCGGUAAUCUGGCUUCACGCCACCAAUCUGGAUCAGAGAGAGGAGUGGGAGUUGCUGGAGGGGAAGGCCGUCUCCUGGGUCAGGGCCAGAGCAGGUUCCUCUCUGGGUGAGUUUGUCAGAGCCGGGAAUGAGCUGCUGAAAUCCUCCGUGAACCCCAAAGUGUUCGGCCUGUAAGGGGAGACCUCCGGAGGAACCAAGA